AUGCCUGAUUUUCACAAUCGAAGAAAAUGCAACAAAUGCACAUGUACAAAAACCGGAUUUCUCCGCUGCACAAAAAAGAACUGUCCCAAAAAAGACAAGACAUUAAAACUUUUCCGGGGAAUUCGCAUCCCUCGCAAACAUCGCCUUCGACCUCUUCGAGAAAAAACGGUUCGUCCGCCAAAACGAACUGAAGGGCAGUCUCAGGCAACUUUCUUGGACUCGAGUGCCGAGGAUGUAUCUGGAACGAGUAGGCCUCGCAGACCUCUUCAAGAAAAAACGGUUCGUCCGCCAAUGGACAGAAGUGCCGAGGAGCAUCGUGGAACGAAUAGGCCUCAAAGAUUAUCUAAAAAUUUGAAAGAAUUUGACAAAGCGUUUCUGGAUGGCGAGAAGUGUGAGCCUGGUGUAGUAUAUCGAAGCACAGAUCCUCCGAAUGUAGAUACCCCCGGAUCGUCUUAUCGAGUCGACUGCAACACCUGUCUCUGUCUCGCCAACGGGAACCUGCAUUGUGGCCAGAUGCUCUGUCCUAGUCACGACGAUGUGCACAGAGUUAAGGCGAAAGCUUUGUUAGGCCAACCAUGCGACGAUCUUGACAUUAUAGAUAAAAAUCUGGAGUGCGUGCUAUGUCAAUGCGUGCACGGGACAAAUGUCUGCCACGCUAAACCCAACUGUGAGCCGUCCAAGAAACUAGAACCGAUCGAGGAGCACUUAGGGAAGGAAUGCACCCCUGGGAUGAUAUACAAGUGAGUGUCCUUGGUAGUUAGGUAUUAUGGGCUUGCUAUGUCAACGCGUGGACGGAACCAAUGUCUGCCACGCUAAACCCAACUGUAAGCCGUCGAAGGAACAUGAACCGAUCGAGGAGCACUCAGGAAAGGAAUGCACCCCGGGGAUGAUAUACAAGCGAGCCUGCAACAAGUGUUUUUGCACAGAA